CAUUGCUCAUAUACUCCGUAGCGCGUGUAUAUCAAGCAAGAACCGUCAAAGGCCUUGGAGACUUUGCCUAGUCCCUUUGAAUCCUUCGCGUCUGCAUCAUACAUGUACAAAUCAACAUGAUUCUCGACCCCCCUGCUACGGUAGCGCAACUCCCCUUUGCACCCCCUGACUCUGUGCCGAUCCACGAUUUCCUCCUCGGCCAAGUCAGCGAGCAGUAUGGAAGGCAUCCCCUCGAGGAGUCCCGUCCGCCAUUUAUAUGCGGUAUCACAGGCACGUCCUACUCGGUGGCGCAGGUGGAGCAGCGUGUCGAGGCCCUGGCCCGUACCCUCGCCGCCGAUUUGCAAUGGGGUGGCAGCUUAGACAAUGUGGAUGAAAUGGACAGAGUUGCUGCCUUCUUCGCCCUCAACAGCAUCGACACCCUCACAGCGUCCUGGGCCGUCCAUCGACUCUCCGGCGUCGCGUGUCCCAUCAGUCCCACAUACAGUACCCAGCAGGUUGCCGAUCAGCUCAGAAAUACCAAGGCCAAGCUUCUCUUCACCAGCGCUCCGCUCAUCGAGUCGGCGUUGGCGGCGGCAGCAUUGGUCGGGCUGCCCAUCUCGCACGUCUACGUACUCCAAGUGCCUCCAAAGGCCGCCAAGGGCGUCGAGAUCCCACCCGACCUCAAAACCGUUGACAAGGCCAUAGAAGAGGGCGAAGAGCUGCCUCCUCUCGCCAGAAACAGCUUUACACCAGGUCAGGGGGCUCGUCAAACGGCCUUUUUGUGCAGCUCGAGUGGCACAUCGGGUUUUCCAAAGCUGGUUAAGUUGACGCACCGAAAUGUCAUUGCCAACAUUCUCCAGUUCGUCACGUUCGAGAGGGACGGCGCUACAAAGAGCAAGGCCGAAGUCUCGCUGGGCGUCCUUCCUCUCAGCCAUGCUUUUGCCCUGAUCGCAACGGCGCAAAUGGGCGUGUAUGCCGGGCACAGUACCGUCAUUCUCCCCUCCAUUGAUAUGGGGGACAUCCUGCAAGCCACGCAGGAUUUUCAGAUCAGCAGACUCUGGCUGAUCCCGCCCUUGAUUGCGGCCAUGAACCAUUCUCCCGCGUACGUCCAAAAGUUCGAUCUAAGCAGCGUCCGAAGCGUCCUCGUCGGAUCAGCAUCCCUGAGCAAGGAGGCCCUGUCCAGAUUCGAGACGCUGCUCCCGGGCUGUGCCAUGAUUCAGGGGUACGGAAUGACGGAGACUACGUGCAUCGUGGCCGCGACGAGCCGGGAAGAUGUCAUGUUCGGUUCCUGCGGCUAUCUCAUGCCGGGAAUGCAGGGACGUCUGGUGACGACCGAUGGGCGAGAGGUCGACGGCCCCGACGAGCCGGGCGAACUACUGCUGCGCGGCCCCAACAUCUCACCGGCAUACUUCACCAGCGACGCCACGAGCACGGAGAUGCUAAGAGACGAUGGAUGGCUCGCGACAGGCGAUCUGGUGGCGGUGAAGAAGAGCCCACAAGGCCAUAAGCACCUCUUCAUCGUAGAUCGCCUAAAGGAACUGAUCAAGGUCCAUGGAAUGCAGGUAGCACCCGCCGAGCUGGAAGCCUUCCUUCUUCAGCAGGCCCCUGUGGCCGAAGUAUCAGUCGUACCUGUACCCGACGAGUUUGCCGGCGAGCUGCCGCGGGCGUACGUUGUAAAAUCGUCCGAGGGCAAGGCCUUGUCCGACGAUGAGGUGCGCCGUAGCCUCCAUGAGAAGAUGGACGAGGCGUUCCACAGCCACAAGCGCCUUGCCGGUGGCAUCGAGUUUCUUGAUGCUCUCCCUAAGACGUUCAGUGGUAAGAUUCUACGGUCCGUGCUCAAAGACAAGGCCAAGGAGAGUAUCACACUGCAGGACGUGCACGUGGAAUCAAAGGUUCCCGCCACACAAAAUGUGGAGGUAUACACAAUCGACUCAGAGGAGGACGAUUGAGCUCAAUAUGCCGGCGCAGAAGCGUGAGCUUGACGGGAAAACCGGGUACCCUACAAGGCCAUUUGCUAUCAUAGCACUCUUAGUCAGACAGAAACAGC